AUGCCCUGGCAGCCGCUACCUCUUUCCUAUGCGGUGGCCAUCUACCCUUUUCAGCCCUCAACAUCACCCGCCGAACUGCCAUUACAAAUUGGUGAUCAACUAUAUGUUAUCGAGCAGGGCGGGAAAGAUGACUCCUGGUGUCGGGGCUAUCUCGUUGCACCACCCACAUUGUUGUCGGCCCUGAGUCCCGGUGGCAGGACUGCCGCCGACGCGCGUGUCUUUUCCGGCAUCUUCCCCAAAUGUUGUAUCGAAAUUCGAGAACAGCUCGCUUCAGAUGUCCCAUCUCCGCUGCAACCAGGCCAACCAAAGCCAGCAGCUCCGGUUCCCAUGCUGAAAAUUGGAGACGAGUCGCCAACAUCAUCAACCGAGCCAUUAGUCGACGAGAUUUCCUCCUGCCUGCGAGAAUGGUACAUUCUCCAUCUGCCCGACCUGGUUCUACGGCGAGAGUACCAUCUCCUUGAUCGGAUGUCUGAGAUCACCACACGACUCGAUUAUGCGCGACGAGAAUUGCUUAACGAUGUUCUCACAACCCAGGAAAGACUGCGAGUUCGUGAGGACGCUGUGUGGGAUUUGGUGAGGGGGAACAAAAUGCUGAGCGGCGAGGUCAUCGUUCGUGACCCCGCCCACUUAGGCAGGCUUCUGACUUCAAAUGAUUCUGCAAUUGAGAUGGCCAAAUUGCAAUCAGUAAUGAGCGUUCUGGAUGCUCCGCCGUCUGAAAAGUCACAAGCCACCUCACUUCACCAUUGUCUAAUGGAGGUCAAGUCGGUCCUAGGUUCGGAUUUGGAUGCAACAACGUUGAGUCUCGCCCUCUAUCGAGAGGACACUGAUGGAACAGCAGUCUCAUUUUCCGAGACUUAUAGCUCCGUCGCGUCCGCGAAGAUGAAGACCCUCCUUUCAGAUCUCAGCACAAGAGAUAUUGCGAAUGAUGGUCGUUUGUUUCUUGCCAUCAAAGUUGUGGUGCCUGAACCUCCUCGAAAGGCCAAAAAACGCACCCCAGAGCGGCCGCCGUCGAGAAAUGGAACUCUGUUAGGCCAAAGGCAGUUGUCGCUGAACCGUCGCAGAUCCAGCCUAAUGUUCGGGAAACGAAAGAAUGCCGAAAGACCACAGCCCGGUCAAAUCGGGCGGAUGACGCCUCAACCGCAAGACAGAGCUUCAACUCCAUCUAUCAUAGAAGAAGAGGAAGAAGGAUCGAGUAAAGCCGCCGGCCCUCCUGUUCCUCGCACAAUAGGAGUCGGGGUCCUUGAUGUGGAUAAGAUCAUCCGAGAAGGCCACCCUCACGAGGAGAGUAUCACGAUUUGGUCUAUCUCUCAGCGGGAAGACGAAAAUCCCCGGGAAUCGGAUUCUAGAAUAACUCAACUCUUGAAUAGUGCUGGCAAGAAUCAUGUGAUCUCCCCUCAACUGUCGAAUGUCACCGUCAGCCUCACGCCCUUCACUGCCCCAGACGCUGAUACCCUUAUCAAAAACAAUCCAACUUCCAUGCACUUGGUCAUCAAAACACCAAAAAUCGGUUUCUCAGAAGCCCCAUCGAAACCGAGAUCUGACAUCUACCUGAGAUUGAACAAGGCAGCAAUAACACAAGGAGCUCAUUUGUCUCAUCCUGACUUGGGUGUUGCGCUGAUCAAAGCCCAUACAUUACAGAACCUGCAAUUGACCAUGGAAGUCCGCGACGCUGCGGGUCGGCGUGUCGAACACUGCAUAUAUCCCUCUUCUAAUGGAGCUGGCGUAACCGCCUUUCGCACAAAUGCCGUUGAGCUUGACUCGACCUGGGAUCAAACCCUCUGUCUACGAGUGCCCACUGGAAAGGUGCCAGAGAGUCAUUUGGUGUUGAGCAUCGCAGAUGCUCCCGAGUUCCCGUUUGCGCUGGCCUGGAUGCCGCUGUGGGAUAACCAAGCUUUCAUUGCCGACGGCAAGCAUUCUCUCAUCCUACACGCAUAUGACAAAGUCACAUCCAGUAUUGUCCAGGGUCGGGGUGCUUAUCUAUCCUUACCCUGGAACAACUCCAACUACAGAAUAAUCCAUGAAGGCGCCGUGGCCAACAUUGCUUCAUUGGAAGUUGAGACUCUCCUCUGCAGUACUGAAUACUCACAGGAUCGAACUCUGGUGAGCCUGAUUAAUUGGAAACAUCGGACCUCGGUACAACUACUAGACAUCCUACAGAAAUUGACCUUCGUCCCGGAGAUUGAGAUCGUGAAGCAGGUGAACGAUGUUCUGGAUGCUCUAUUCGGCGUCCUCGUCCACAAGUCAGGCGAAUCCAAGUUCGAGGACUUGAUUUUCAAUGACAUCGUCUGGGUUCUCGGGAUUGUGCAUGACAGACGAUUCAAUUUGGGCCCCCUCGUGGAACAGUACACCGAAAAUCACUUCCGGUCACCCUAUGCUGCGUCUUGCUUGAUUCGAAGUUUUACUAGACUUCUACAGAGCGUAUCGGACCCUCAAAGCGCUCGCGACAUGAGAGCUCUCUUCAAAGUCGGCAGGAAGUUCAUGAAGAUUCUCAUUGCUUCUUAUCAGCAGAGAAGGUUUGGCUCUCAGACCAAAGAAAACGAUGAGAAGCAUUCGACCUUCAAAGAAGACAUGCAAGCAAUUCUCUUUGGACUACAGAUGAUGAUGCGGAGCGAGACGGCCGCCUUGGUAGGAAGCAAAACUUUGCUUGUGCAGAAGUUCCACACAUGGCUCCCCGAACUACUACCAGCAUUCAGCAAGGAGGAAGUCAUCAAAAUUGCCAUUGAAUUCAUUGAUUCCGGCGAAGAAGUCUCCGGAAAAUUGGUCUUGUACAGGAUCAUCCUCAUCUUGAAUUACACCAAGUUGGACCAGAUUUGGGUCGAUGAGAAGGACAAGAAAACUCUGGUCAAGAAUUGCAUCAGGUGGCUUUCGCCAUAUUGGACCCCAAACAAUCGAUCAGAUGACUGGCGCGAGCAAGUCCGACUGUGCUGCUCAGUCGUCGCUGAGCUAACACGCUUCCCUACACAUCAUCUCCAUGAAUUCAUGCCCAAACUCAUCUCUGCCUACUGCACCAUUGCGAAUGAACCCGCUACGAAACGACGGUCGUUGUCGCUCUUCUUUUCGGAUACUUACCCCUUCAUUACCAAACCAACCGAAAAUAACGAUUCAUUCGAUGAAAAUCUCCUCGAACUGUCUGCUCUCAUAUCCACGAUCGCCAAAAUGAAGACGUCUCCGAAUCUCAAACUUCAAGGGCAAGAUCUCUCGGACUACAUCCUCUCCACACUCACUGUCUUACGAUCUCUCUUGAAAAACGACGCUUGCCCCUCGACAUGGCUCAGCCUACACAUCUUCCACCACUCGUCCGCGCUUACAAUACUCAACCACCUCUCCACCCUUCUUAUUUCCUCAUACCUCCCGACGCCCGAAAACGCAGAUAGCUUCGACAUGCAACUUUGGAAGUCCUUCCUCGACACACUUCUCGCACUCGUCUCCUCCACGGCAUUGACCCUUGAGCUCUUCCCAGAACAAAAAAGGCGCGCGGUGUGGAAAAUCGCCGGUGAUGUGCGCCAGUCCGGCGCAGACCUCCUGCGCAAAGCCUGGGAAAGUCUCGGCUGGGAAGCUACGGCCGACGACCAGCGCAGAUACAACAUCCGCAAACUUGGCGGGUAUCAGGUCCAGUAUGUUCCAAGUCUCGUUGCUCCAACCAUCAGCCUCUGCCUGAGCAUGCACGAGGGACUGCGCAAAGUAGCUGUUGAAGUGCUACAAACCAUGAUCGUUAGCGAGUGGGCAUUAAGUGAAGACCUCGAACUCAUCGAGACAGAAAUCAUCGGCGCCCUCAACUCGGUCCUGAAAGCGAAGCCUGUGACGGCGAAUGAAGCUCUGAGUCGAAAAAUCUUCAUCGCAGAGCUGCUCGAGCUGUUCUCGACGAUUGCUAACCAGCCGGACGAUGCACUGUGGACGGCUCUCGAAGAAUUGGUCGCGACGAUUGACGAGCUGGUCGACCUACUCACGUCCACGGAUCCGGAAGACGAUGUCGCUGGUGCAACAGCGGGCCAUGCCAAUGGGACCAGGGGUAGCAAUGCCCGCGGCAAAGAUACCGAUUCGCAGACCUCAGAAGCGAAGGAACUCGCCAGGGCCCGCCGCAGCAUUGAUGGUCUCAGCCCUUCGUCCCAACAGCAGGGCCGGGAGCGUGAGUACGGUGUGCAUGCGCUCGAGUGCUACAAGCAGCUCGCAGAAGAAUAUGAGCGCAAUGGAGACUACAAACGCCUGGCGAAGACGCAUCGGGCCAUCGCUAGGAUUCACGAGGCGAGAGCGGCGAGUCGCCUUGGGAGGAGGGAUAUUAACGGACGGGGCGAGGAUGUUGAAGAUGAUGAGUAA